AUAUUUUAUCCACGCUAAAACAAUGUUUUCAUUAGGCUACAUAGCCUACACCACCCCGACGUAAAAAUUAAAUUGAUGCAAAGCCAAAGGACGAUUUCGUGGACUUUUCACUGGAAAUACAAAAGAAUGAAGACCCAACUAAUCAAGAAAUAAAAUGGCCCAAAUUACCCUUUUAAUGUUUAUGGUUCUGGUUAUUACACAGACAAUUUCCCAAAAUGUACCCCAAAGAGUGUAUAAUGUGCUAUGGCCAAAUGGAACAACGAUAAAAUUUUCUUAUGACUUUAAAAAGGAAUCUGAAUGCAUUUAUGAUAGUGUACGUGACAAUCUAAUUUGCAUGAGAAACUAUGGAUACAGUGAUGUCACCUCAAGAUGGAGCUACAGCCAAGAUGCGAUCAAAUAUCUUUCAGUGAAGUGCAUGGAGCAAGCCGUGUUUACAAAUCAUAAACAUGCCUGUUUGUGCAAGAAUGGAGCACUGGCUGCCAAUCCGGGACAGAAUAAACAGAGGGAUGGGUUUACCUAUUGCCAAAUUGGUCACGUUUCUUCCGGAUUAUUUGAUAAAUUAAUAAAUGUUGAGCUGAUCGAUCUAUCCAACAACCUCAUAACAGAGUUUCCAAUGACAAUGUUCUCUAAACUCAAAUCUUUACGAUUCCUUAAUUUAUCAAAUAACCCAUUAAGACGGAUAACAACUGGACUGUUGUGUGGACUGAAAAACUUGACAGUUCUUGUGCUUCAAAAACUGUCUUUGGAAUUAUUCCCCUGGGACAUAUUUUCUUGUAAUAGUGAUUCAACAUUAAACGUACAGGUGAUUGAUUUGAGUAACUCACAUAUUUCUGAGAUACCAGAUCAAUCAUUCCGCAAUAUUCCACGUCUCCUGUUUCUUAAUCUUACCAAUAAUUUACUCAAAAGUUUACCCUUAACACCAUUCAUCGAAGCAACAUCUUUACAUUAUUUGGAUCUCUCGGAGAACUUUAUUUCUGAUAUUAAUGACGAUUUUUGUGCUGGUUUACAAUCAUUACAGAACUUAUAUCUCAAAGGAAACAGUUUCCAAAUAACAGACAUUUCACCAUUGGCAAAAUGCAGUCAGUUAAGAUUGAUUGACUUGUCUAAGAAUAUGAUUGAUGGUUUGAAGACACACGCCGAAGGCCACCCAUCUGUAACGUAUCUGAAUCUCUCUGACAAUGAUUUGGAAGUGAUAUCACAGUCCGUAUUUUCCAACAGAUAUCCAAGUCUCCGUUUCUUGGACAUUAGCAACAACGAUAUCAAAGCAAUACACGCACGCGCAUUCAGUGGUCUAGAAAAUUUGAUUCAUCUGAACUUAAGUUGGAACAGAAUCAAGAUUCAGUCCAACGAAUUUUAUAGAAACUUAAAUGACCUAACAAACAUCGAAACUUUGGAUCUUGGAAAUAACAUGUUGACAAAUCUCCAGGAUUAUCUAUUCGGCAAUUUGACAAAAUUGGAGCAUCUUCAUCUAGAUAAUAACCAUAUCUCAAAUAUAACCUCAGGCGCUUUUGCCGAACUCAGCAGUCUUCUAUCUCUUGAUCUGGAAAACAACCACAUUUACCGUUUUAAUGACAGCGUCUUUGAGAACUUGAUCUCUUUGCGAAUGUUAAAUUUAUCCAGGAAUAACAUUGAUACUAUUCGAUUUUGUAAAUUUCCAUUGAGCUUAGAAAAGCUAGACCUAUCCUUCAACCGCAUCGUUGAUUUCCCAGAACGUCUUUUUAAUGUGAAACAAUUGAUCUUAACUAGCAAUAGGAUCACUCAUAUUCCGAGUGGCUCGUUUUCCCAAAUGCCAACACUGGAAGUUCUGUCACUGAAAUACAAUAGAAUAACCAGUUUGGACAAUUUUAUGUUUUCCGGAUUAGGCAAUUUAAAUUUAUUAGAUAUCAGUAAUAAUUUGAUUGAUGCCAUUGGCAGUUCAGAUGCUUUUAGCGGAUUGGAUAGCUUGCAUAUAUUGGAUCUAAGGGACAACAAGAUCAACCGACUGGAUGGUUUGUUUAGAAACAACUCUUUGUACUCGCUCGCCGAACUUCGUGUCUCGAACAACCCAAUUGGUCUAUUGACACACGCGCUAAAUCCAGAUGGACAGAAGAAAAUGCUUCAGAAAUUCUACUGUAAAAAUUGCAAAAUAACCCAUACAAAGAGUGAUGUUUUUGCUAACAUGAUGCAUCUUCACACUGUCGAUCUAUCGAAAAACCGCAUCACUUCAUUCGCGCCUUUCAUUUGCAAUGAAGAGACUGUUUUUAACCUUUUAGAAAAUCCAACAGUUUGUACUUGCCAAAUGAAAUGGCUGAAGGAGAAAAGCUUCGAUGGAAGAUUAAUUCGAACGAACAACUAUCGGGUUCAAGCUUGCAUAGUUUAUCCCAAGAUCGGAGAAAUGCCCAUCAAAGGAGUGCCCAAAGAACUAUUCUUGUGUACAAUUUCAAACUGCACGGAUAGAUGCAGAUGCUAUUCACGAGAAGAAGAUAGCACACCGGAAACUAUUAUAUGUUCCCAUGAUAAGCUUAAAACAGUUCCAAGUCGUCUUCCAACUUCGGUAAAAGUCGUAUACUUAGAUGGGAACAAUUUUUGGAAUGCAGGUCACCUUCAAAUAAUUGCAGAUUCCAAGAUAGAUGCUGAAGAGAUAUACCUGAACAGUAGUCGAAUUGCUGGAAUAAGUAGUAAUAUAUUUUCGAACAUGCCCUUCCUACAGAUAAUUGAUUUAAGUAGGAACUAUAUCCAUAGUUUACCUGCCGACGUUUUAAAAAAUCUGAAGUACUUGAAAGAAGUGCACUUAAAAAACAAUCAAAUUAAAUACAUAGAACCUGGUUUAUUUCGGGGAUUAGGAAAUCUUCAGAUCAUUGAUAUACGCUCUAAUGACAUCGAACAUUUACUUUCAGACAGCUUAUCUGAACUUUCAGAUAUUUCAGAGUUCAGAUGGAUACACCUUUCGAAUAAUCCAUGGAAGUGCGACUGUGCAAAUAAACAAUUUCGAGAGUGGAUUAUUUCCCACAGAAGUAGAAUUUAUGACAGAAAAAGAUUGUACUGUGGUCAUACUGAAAUAAUUCGACAGAACCCUGAGAUGUUUGUGUGUAGCAACCCAGUGUUUCUAAUUAUUGGUGUGUCGGUUGCCGGCUCAUGUUUUGUCCUCUUUGUCAUUAGUUUGGGUUUCUUUAUUUUCUGCUUUCGUCGAAACUUAAUCGCUCUUGGUUACUCAAGAUUAAAAAUUGAAAGAUUUCAUAGUUCUAAAACGUUCGCCAUACCCCGUCGAUAUCUCUAUGACAUGGUUGUCAUUUAUGACGAAAUGGACUUGAAAUGUAAAUGGUGGGUUAAUAAAACAUUAUUCCCGCGCUUGACUCAGCAGAACUGGCGCUUCAAGGUGUAUAUUGCUAAUGUUGAAAAUUGCUCUGAUGAUGACUUCCUGCAUGAGGUCAAACAUAAAAUUCACCAAAGCCAAUCCACCCUUUUUCUUAUAUCCAAGAAUUUUACGCGCAGUUAUAUUUGUAUGAGUAGUUUCAGGUAUGCUAACUCAGAGUCAACAACAUUGGGUCACAAGAUACUGAUUAUGGAAUGGGGUGAGUUCACAAAAGAAGUUCUGGAGUCGGAAAUUAAAGAAUAUAUCAAAAGAAGAGACUUUUUAAAGGUGACAGAACGUUUUGUUAUCGAUAAAUUGAUUUGUUUAAUGCCCACUCCAUAUUCUGAUAAAUGUAACCAAAUUGUAUCUAGGAAUAACGAUCAUCAUCGCCGUGUUAGCGUAUCUGGUUCAUUAAACAACCUAAUCCUUAAUGCGUCCUUUGAUUCGGUUCAGUCGCAGUAGCUCAACAGAACAGAAACAAGUGUUACGUUAAUAUGAAAACUGACAAAGUGGAUCAGGAUGCUAACAAAUUUUGCAUGUUUUUAUCACUGUGUUUUUCUACUGUACAUAGAGGUGACCUUUGGUAUAGUUUGAAGAUUUAGGUUAACUCUGAUUUAGUACCGUCGAGUCAUAAACAUGUAAAUGAUCUUCAGAUCAGAAGAAUUGAAAGACUGUCAUAACCAUACAAUAAACUAUUCACGAAAGAGCAAGUACGCUAUUCUUAAAGGUAUACAGCGCUUAUUUUAUAACUGGAAGAGGAGUGCCAUUUCAGGAAAAGACUGUUCUAUAUUAGACGUUUUCUCAAAAUAAAUGGCAAAUUUUGCACUGAAAGUACUUAUGUAUAGAGAGCAAAUUUACCCAGCUUUGCUAUAGUGGAUAUGUGUUAACAGACGGAUAUGCACACUGACAUGACAAUACGACCCAUCCCUGACAUAAUGAUGACAGAAAGGUGACAUGUUAGAUUGAUGUAAAGCCAGUGUAUACUUCUUCUGACUAUUACGAACAUAAUUAAUUAUAUGAAACCAUAAAACAAGAUAUAUUUUUUAAAAAAAAGGUAUAUAAACGAACAAAAGCUUGAUAAAUGAGCCGUAUUUGUCAGUUUUAGUCGUCAGUAAAAUGGGCAAAUAGAUUCUUGUGUUUGUGUAUUUUGAUAACUUAGUUGUAUAUCACCAACACCAAAGACUUGUGUACAUUAUAUACUCCCAUUGUUAAUUUGUUAUAUAUUAAUAAAUC